UUCACUAUUUCAAAAUAAUAAUUUUUCCAGUUAAUAAAUAACUUAGGAGACGGAAAAGUGGGAAGCAUCAAUAGUAUCGUUAUAAAGUAAUUUCGUAAUUGAUGCCGAGAGAAAUGGAACAAUCAAGUCAACAGACUGAUCGAAAUCAAUUGGCAAAUUACCAAUUCUCUGCUGACGAAAUAAGAGUAUUGCGCGAAUGUAACUCUGAAUCUUUCUUUCAACGUUCUCUGCCUUUAGGAACUUCAUUGGGGGUUGGCGCAUAUUUGGCGGUGAAGAAUGGUUUUUUACAACCAAAUUAUAAAUAUGGCGCGGUGCCCAAAGUAGUCGUGGGUGUGAUAAUAGGAUAUUUCGUUGGAAAAUUUAGUUACCAGCAAAAGUGCGCGGAAAAGCUAAUGCGGUUACCUAAUUCAAAACUGGGAGAAUUGUUAAGCCAACGUCAACGCGAUGGAAGCGUUAUUAGUAGGCUUAAUCCAGACCAAGGUAUUGGAAUAGGACUAACCUUGUCACCAUUUAAUUCAACUGGAACAAGUGACGAACAAAUCCAAGAAUUCCCUCGUGCUAGUGCCCUCAAUUUAGAUUUGGAAAACCGUCCUUCAAUUACUGGCCUUGACGACAUUUAUCGCCCCUCAUUAGAUAAUACACCUUUCUACGAAACGCAAUUGCCUAUCAAAGCUAAGCAAGGCACAAGUUACGAAGAGUUACGAAAAAAAAAUCGGGAAGAAUAUGAGAAAAAGCAGCAAGACACAUUUUCUCGGCCUCUGCCCGCAAAUGCACCAAUAGUUAUUCGGGAGAAUGAAGCCAUUAAAACGACUUUUGGAGCCGAUUCUAGUCACAAAAAUAAAUAUGGAGACACAUGGACGGAUUAAUUAUAUUUGUCUGCUAAAAAAGUAGUUUUUUUUAUUAAAGUGUUAAUGCUGAUAUAUAUAUACUGUGUAAUUGUUAAA